AGUAUAUGCAGUUUAACGAACUGAUUUGCUAGCUUCUACAAGGCAUAAAGCGGCAGUAUCUGUGAAAGUUGACCGCCAAACGUCUCCUAUAUGUAUAAGUAUUGAGUGAAAACAAUCUUGUAGUAGAAAUAUAAUGCAAUUUGGGAGAUAAAGUGCAAUUGGGAAAAGCUGAGUGAUCAAAGGGGCACAGAUAUCUAAAAACUCCGAGAGGGAUCUGAUGUUCUUCGAAUUGGAAUUCUAACCCAUAUAUUUUCGUAUCCAAUACCCAACCGAAUUUGUUUGAUACUUCAGAUUUCAGUGAAGAUUUUGUGAACAAGAGCUAUGACUGGGACGCAGCAAUGCAAAGAGCAUCGGGAGAAAAAACUGCCACAUUUUCCAAGGUAAGCUGUGUUAACAGCGAAAACAAAAUGCUGGAAAAUUAAACGGAAUAUACGGAACUUAAUGAAACCCCCCAAUUCAGCAUCGACCACUACUACUAAAUAUAUGACGUCACCCAACCCAGGAAUUCUUUCAAAAAUUCUAUUUUCCACCGUCCAACUUUGUAAUGACUGCAAAAAGUAAUCCGUGCGAGCGAUCAUGGGCUUUAAUAUUUUUUCAUAUGUCUUCAGAUGAUCGCUGUAGGAAGAGUUUUUAUUAUCGACUACAAAUUGCUUCAUAAUCUUAGCAACGUGGAGGAUUACACUGAACGGAAUACUACAGACAGGCGAAAAAUGGAAAAGUCACGAAGUCCAUUCUGUACAUUUGUUGUAACAAACGUAAGAGGUGCUAAAGAAUUAAAACCUGUUGCAAUUCAAACAGAUUUAAUUCAAGGUGAGCUUUUGUCCAAGUUUAAUAUUAAUUGUCCUGGUGUAGUAGUGUGAAGACACAUUUCGCCUUCACAGAAGGGAAAGGGGUGAAACAUUGUUUUGUUUUGAAAACCGCAACUUGGUCUGGAAUAUUGGAUUUAUUCUCAUGCAAAGUUGCAAACAAAUUUGAAAAUAGGCAACUGAUAUGACGACUACGAGUCGAAAGAACUAAAAAUUCCUGUGGGACUUCAUUUUCCCCAGCAUUGGUUGCAACAGCACUUUGAACAGAACUUUAGUCAAGCAAUGCGAAUUUCGGAUUUCGAGAAAUUCAUAUAUGAUAUUAACAGAAACUUGUUUUUAAUUUUCGUCACUCAUUUCAGGUGCACCAGUGUUUUCUCCUGUUGACGGCCUAAAAUGGUUGAAAGCAAAGCAAGAAAUUCAACGUGCGGAUUUGUUUUAUGUUGAACUGGUAGAGCAUUUGUUAAAGACACAUCUUCUCAUGGAACCAAUCUGCGUCAUCAUGCGUCGUACUUUGUCAGUAUAUCAUCCUCUUCAUCAGAUACUCAGAUGGCAUUGUAGAGGCCUGUUUGUCGUUAACAGUAUUGGAAUGAAGGCACUUCUAGGCGUAGGAGAAUUUUUAGAUAAGUUGUUCGCCUUUGGUCACACUGGUAGCCUGGAGCUUCUCAAGAGAGCCUAUCCCGACCUGUCGUGGGCAGAUACCGAGUUUAAUGAAAACCUAAAGGUAAUAUGAUAUCAUGUAUAGAAGCAAUUAGCAAAAUAUUGAUGUUACUGAUAUUAGAAAAUUAAAUAAAAAUAUUCAAUUUUGAUUUGCAAUGCCAAUUCAAUGUUAGCUUAUUUUUAAGUAUAACUCAACAUCUAAAAAUGUUUUUUAGAGACGUGGAGUUCACAAAGCGGAAGACUUACCAUAUUUCCCCUACAGAGACGAUGGUUUACUUAUCUGGAAAAAUGUUGGUGAUUUUGCGAGGGAUUAUGUGAAAUUGUAAGCAAUGCGUGACUCGUUUCUUCUGUUUUGAUAGUGGUGAAAAUUUAUCUUCUUUAGUAGUUGGGCAUGAAUCCUUAAUUUUUUACAAACCCAAAUUUAGCAUUUUUUUCAAAGAAAUUAUAAAAUUCCAUAAGGGUGAGAGACACGACGCACGUUGUUGAAAUUUCCACCACUGUUAAAUUUUAGUAAUACUCGUGUCAUUUCCAGAGCCUAUUUAAGCGUGCAAUAUAGUAAUAUACUUCUUGCAUGGUUGGAUAAAAAAGAUUCAAUUGAAAACUGGAUAUUACUAAAAGUUUUGAAAUUGUCAAAUUGUCAGUCUUCUCUCCGUAUUACAGGUCUAAGUGCCCUAACGUCUAUAACAAAGGCGUCGGUCAUUGCGAUACAGGAUAAUGCUUAAGGCUGAGUGAGGGUGGGCAUGUUAAAAAUUGGGCUAUUUAGAUCUAGAACUACUUAGAUCGCACCCCCUGAAUAUACCACCAGUCCGAACGGGCUAGCAAUCCGAUUAUUUAGCACUCUUAUCUGGUCCAAGAUUAAGACAAAUGUAUCCUUGUUCUUAUAGAUACUAUUUAAAUGAUAAGGACGUUAAAAACAAUUAUGAGCUGAAAUAUUUUGCCAACCAACUAUCAGCAGAUGGCACAGGAAAAAAAGGCGGAAUUGGAAUGGUAAGAUAUGCAUGCAACAACCAGUAGUAGUAGUAAUCGCUAUACUAAGUUAAGUUGAGUGGCCAACCACGAAAAUGGAAGUGAAGAAGUAUACACUUUACACCCCUACCUUUACUUGCAUUUUUGAGCUCCCAAGAUUUGAUUGCCUACAACUUCAGCAUGAUUUUCGUUUUUUUUUCAGAAAAAAGGGAAUUUUACCAGGGGUCCAAAAUCCUUCACUGGGGGCUAAAAUAGACGCUAUGCAUGUGUGAAGUUUCAGCAUCAAAUUUUGAAAUCUCGCCAAGAAAAUACGCAAGCAAACUAGUUUACCGUUUAUUGUUUAAUAAAAAAUAAUCAUCAAACAAUGAUUUUGCCACCCCAAUAUGAAGGAUUUUAAGGCCUGGUUGCAUAUUGUGAGAAAGGUUAAUUUUUACGUAUUGCACAGUUUAUUUGUAAUUUAUCUGAUAUUUGUAUCUAAGUACGGGCAAAAAUAAAAAUGUAGGCAUUUGUGAAAUUUUUGAAUAAAUGUACAAAUGUCGAUAACUUUGUAGGAAAACAAAAGCACGGCAUGCCGAUAUAUUCGUCUAAACAGUAACACGACUUUUUUUGUUUAGCUUAAAGGAUUUCCCGCCAAAAUUCAGACCAGAUCCCAACUUAUCGAUGUGUUGAAGCGGAUUGUGUUUAUUCCUGUCCAACACCACUCUGUAAACUAUCCUGUUGUGUAUUAUGCUGGUUUUGUUCCAAAUUUACCCAGCAAACUUUACGAAGAUCCCCGAGUUCCACCACAAGAAUUUGGAUUCAACAGUUUACCACAAGUUCAUGUUGCUGCGGUAAGAUCCAAACUAUCUAAAUAACAAUGACAUGUACAAUAUGCAAAUUACCAAUGACAGUGGCAGAAAUGAGAAAUGCAGCAAAUUGAAGUAAUGCAAUAACGGCAUUAGUGAAAGUCAUCACUUGAAAAUUAUACCUUAUACAUCUUAAAUCAAAACAGUAAUAUAGAGUAACACUCAAAUGUCUUCUUUAGGAGCAACUCGCGUUAUCCAUGUCCCUGGGAUCGAUACGAUAUGACGUCUUCUUGGAUUACGGCAAACACCUAAAAGAUGAUCGUGCCAAAGCUGUUGUAAACAAAUAUCAUAAUCACCUCAUAGGAAGCAUCAAUGAUGAAAUUACUGCCAGAAAUAAACGAAGAUUUGCAAGCGGAAAGUUGAGUUAUCCCUACCUUCUUCCAAAAUGGAUGCCGAAUAGCAUUCACACAUAGUUUCAGAACUAAAAACAGAAGUUGAUUUUACUCAAUACUUAAUAUACAAAAGGAAACGCAUAUAGUGGUCAACUUUAUGUAUAUUACCACUUUACGCCUUGUGGAAGCGAGCAAGUUUCGUUUAAUUUAAUCCGCUAUAAUCUGAAAAAAGAUAGCGGCCUGUCAAUCUCAAAAACAGUUUUUUGCGAAUCAGUUUAAAUCGGGUGUGAUAACAAUUUAAAAAAUAUUUAGCACGCCAUCAUGAAUCUACCCAGGUUUGGCUUAUUUUUUUUAUGAAAAUUUUGUGCCUGCAAAGUGACAUCUUCUGCCAAAAAUAUCAAGUUUUCUUUUCCCGAAUUAAAGAACUUAAAGAGGAGCAUGGUGAAAUCGACAUUUCGAUGUCUUUCGAGUUACAGUUAUUUUUGUUUCUGUUCGCAAGAAUACAGCUGGAUACGAACAUUAAAGGCACAGUAGCGCCUGUUGAGCGAUGUAUCUUAUCAGAUUUUAUGGAGAUAUUACGCGAGCGCACGCUUGCAAAAUGGCGGAAAGCAUGUAGUUUUUAGACGAUACUCACUGAUACUCACGAUAGUGAUAUAAUCGGAGUGAUAUAAUACUCCUAAUCGCCGCCAUAGUGAAUUUAACACCGAUUCACUUUUGAUUUUGUUAAUGUUCAAAAUCAAAAUAUUAAUCACUACAAUUCAUCGCUCAACAGGCAAUACUGUGCCUUUGAAUAUCAUCAAAAGAAAGCCAAUUGAAAUAAAUUGAUGCGGUAGGUGAAAUAUGUUUCAGCAGCCGAUCUGAACUGUUUUUGAGUUCGACCCGCCGCCAUUUUUUUUAUUAUAUGGCAGAUUGCAUCUACUUUCAUAAUGAAUAAUCAAGUCGAUAACUGUGUUUCCAUUUGGAGUUAAACGUAUCACGUGAUUGAAACCUCAUUAUUCAAUGUUUGCCCUUGGGUUGAUUUUAUUCAUGGCUAAGUGGCUUCGUGUAUUUGAGCGCCUAAACGAUCAGGACUGAUCAGAUCGCUAUCAGCUAAAAAGUAUUUUAAAGUAAUUUAUAUUAUUUUGAAGUAUAUUUGAUAUUAUGUACGGUAUUGAAUUAUUUCAUCUUUCUGAUCUAAAACAUUUUAUUCUUCGGAAUGGUAACUUCUACUAAUUAACAAUAUAACCAUUUCAAAC